AUGGCGUCUCAAUCAAAGCUCUCCCUCUCGGGGGACCACACCAUUCGCAACAUCGUCACGGAACUCACACGACUCUACCUGUCCAACCGAACUCGCAUCUCGCGCGCCAUCUGGAUCACUCUCUUCGUUGCCCUCGUCAACCGCGUGCGCCAUGCCAUUUCGGAGCAGAAAGCUGCGUCGGUACGCGAAGCAGCUCAGCGCGAAGCCCGCCGCGCCACUGUUUCGACCAGUGGCGAAGAGACGCCAAAAAAGAAGGUAGCGCUCGAUCGCCAGUUCUUCCGGUCGUUGCUGCGGCUGCUCAAAAUUGUGGUUCCGGGAUGGCGUAGCACGGAAACGAGGAUGCUGAUUAGCCAUAGUUUUUUUCUGGUGCUGAGAACGCUGAUUAGUUUGAGGGUAGCUGAGAUGGAUGGUGCCAUUGUGAAGGCGUUGGUCAAGGGCAAUGGAAAGGAGUUCAUGACCAGGAUUCUUUGGUGGAUGUUGAUUGCUGUGCCGGCUACUUUUACGAACUCCAUGUUGUCAUAUCACCAAGCAGAGCUGUCGCUCAAGUACAGGACCAGGUUAACGCAGUAUAUCCACGACAAAUACCUGUCCAACUUGACGUUUUACGGCAUCUCAGCCCUUGAUGACCGGAUAAAGAAUCCGGAUCAGCUGAUUGCCGUGGACGUUUCCAAGUUCUCCAACAGCCUGGCGGAACUGUAUAGCAACUUGGCCAAGCCACUGUUAGAUAUGACCAUUUACACAUGGUCCCUCUCUAAGAGUGUUGGUGGCGAGGGAGUGGUCUUCAUGUCACUCCUCGUUCAGCUUUCCGCCAACAUGAUGAGAGUCCUCACGCCACCAUUCGGCAAAUACGUCGCCGACGAAGCCAGACUAGAAGGAGAGUUUCGCUUUCAACAUUCGCGUUUGAUAGACUAUAGCGAGGAAGUUGCCCUAUAUGGUGGUCAUGUCGCCGAAAAAGACACUCUAGACAAGGGCUACUUUACGCUGAUCAAGCAUGUUAACUACAUUUUGAGGCGGCGGUUCUACCACGGAUUCAUGGAGGACUUUGUCAUCAAGUAUUUCUGGGGUGCAUUGGGUCUGCUUCUUUGCAGUGUUCCCGUUUUUGUCAAGUUGCCCGGCCAGGUUGCGAUGAACAUGGGCGACAGGACCGAGUCGUUUGUUACCAACAGACGCAUGCUGCUCUCCGCCUCAGACGCCUUCGGCCGUAUCAUGUUCUCUUACAGAGAAAUCAUGGAGUUGGCUGGUUAUACGUCGCGCGUUGCUUCGCUGCUGGAUGUCAUGGACGAUAUUCAGUCGGGCCAUUUUGAGAAGAGACUUGUCUCAUCCAGCGGUACCGAAGAUAACGAGGCUGUUCUGCGGGGACGAGGGACCGUUCACGAGAGCGAAGACAUUAAGUUCAUCGAUGUACCAAUCAUCUCACCAAACGGCGAUGUCCUUGUUAAAGCCCUAUCGUUCUCCCUCUCCCAAGGCGACCACCUGCUUGUCGUCGGCCCCAACGGCUGUGGAAAAUCCUCACUCUUCCGUAUUCUCGGCGGCCUCUGGCCCGUCUACGGCGGCACUGUCUACAAACCUCCUUUCCACGCAAUCUUCUACCUGCCCCAGCGCCCAUACCUCUCGCGCGGCUCUCUGCGCCAACAGGUCAUCUACCCCGAUUCCCUGCGCCAAAUGCGCGCCCGCAGCGUCACCGACGCAGAUCUCAUGUCCAUUUUGAAACUUCUCGAGCUCGAGCACCUCGUCGACCUGUACCCCGAAGGCUGGGACGCCGAAGCGGAAUGGCGUGACGUAUUGUCUGGCGGGCUACAGCAGCGCGUUGCCAUGGCUCGCCUCUUCUACCAUCGCCCCAAGUACGCCAUCCUGGAUGAGUGCACGAGUAGUGUUACGCUUGAAACAGAAAAGAUUAUGUACGACAAUGCCAAGGCUCUGGGCAUCACGCUCAUGACUGUCAGUCACAGAAGGAGCUUGUGGAAGUACCACACACAUAUUCUUCAGUUUGAUGGGCAGGGCAAGUACGUGUUUACAAGGUUGGAUGCUGAUAAACGAUUAAGAUUGGAGGAUGAGAAGGAGGAGUUGGAAGUCAAAUUGCGGCAGGUUCCCGAGCUAGAAAGGCGGUUGGAAGAGUUGACGGCUAUAUGA